AUGUCCAUCUUACUUUUCUUGGUAUUUUUCCCAUUGCGUAGUUUAGGACACAGACUAGAGGGUUGUGAGGAUUCUUCGUGCAAGAGUGAUGGUCCCAUCGUUCAUUUCCCAUUCAGACUCAGUCAUCAACCAAAACAUUGUGGCUAUCCUGGCUUUGAACUACACUGUAACAAUAAAAACGACACCAUCCUUGAGCUUCCCUCCUCUGUUCACUUAGUUGUUGAAAAGAUUGAUUAUGUCUCACAGCAAAUUCACCUUUAUGAUCCUGACCAGUGCAUAGCAACCAAGCUACCAAAACUGAAUUUGUCACAAUCUAAUUUCAGAAAUGCUGAUGAUCUCACAGUCCUAUUCAAUUGUUCUGAACCAUUCACAGACAGUAAUGAUGGUUACUUGGUUCCAUGUCUUGGUUCUUCUGGUUACCAAGUACAUGCUGUUACUUCGACUUUAAGCCUCGACUUCUUAUUGUCUGGGCCUUGCACAAAAAUUCAUCAGUACCCAUACACAGAGUCAACAUUUGGUGAGAACAAGCUGCAGCUGAAUUGCCCUGUACCACUUUGUGGAAACUGUGAGUUCAAAGGAAUGGAUUGUGGUCUCAAGGAUGGAACAAAGCUAUCGGAAACUCAUUGUUUCAAUUGA